UUCCAGCAAUGUCCAGGAUAAAGCCCCCAUAGCUCUAGAGCGAGCGCUCAGUCUAAAAAUAACCCUCCAGUUGGAGCUCGGUUGAGGGGUCAGGACAGCUGAGUAAGAGGUGAACAGGCUCACUGUGAAUCUAACCCCACUCUGCGGGCAGGAAAGCCAAAUACUCGCCAAUAAAGAAGAUUCCAACAUUAUUUGAUCUUCAGCUCCUUCGACACUUCUCAGAUGGCGCUGCCUAUAAAUCCCAUGGAUGAGCCCAGGUUGUACCAGCAGACUCUGCUCCAGGACGGGCUGUAUGACCUGCUGGAGAACGACAAGCUGGUGGACUGCGUGCUGAAGAUCAAAGACAAGGAGUUCCCCUGCCACCGGCUGGUGCUGUGCGCCUGCAGCUCCUACUUCCGCUCCAUCUUUCUGUCCGACCUGGACGAGAGCAAAAAGAGGGAAAUCGUGCUGGAGGACGUGGAGCCCGGCGUCAUCGGUCUGAUCCUCAAGUACCUGUACACCUCCAAGAUCAAUGUCACGGAGCAGAACGUCCAGGACAUCUUCGCCGUCGCCAACAUGUACCAGAUCCCUUCCAUCUUCACCGUUUGCGUGUCUUUCUUACAAAAGCGCCUCAGCCUCAGCAACUGCCUGGCCGUCUUCCGGCUCGGUCUGAUGCUGGACUGCCCCAGGCUGGCCGUCUCCGCCAGGAACUACGCCUGCGAGCGUUUCCAGCUCAUCUCCAAAGACGAAGACUUCCUCCAGCUGAACGCGACCGAGUUGGCGGCCAUUUUAAUGAACGACAACCUGAACGUGGAGACGGAGGAGGCCGUGUUCGAGGCGCUGAUGCGCUGGGUGUCCCGGGACGCCGAGAGCAGAGAGAAAGACGUCCCGGACUUGCUGGACUGCGUUCGCCUGCGUCUCGUCACGGACGAUUACCUGAAAGAGAAAGUGGAGAAGCACAAAAUGAUCUCCGCUAACCCGCAGCUGCAGCAGAAGCUGAAGCUGGUCAGGGAUGCUCGUAGUGGGAAAAUGCCGGAGGCUAAAAGGGACAAGAAGGAGGAAGGCGGGGCGGAGAAAGACGGAGAACUUGAAGGCAAGGAGGACGACGAAGGUCUCCUACCGGCUAUUCUGAACGACAACCUGCGAUUCGGGAUGUUCGUCAGGGAUCUAAUACUGAUGGUGAACGACAGCGGCGCCAUGGCGUACGACCCGUCAGGCAAUGACUGCUUCAUGGCGUCAAUCUCCACGCAGGUUCCCAAGAACCACGUCAGCCUGGUCACCAGGGAGAACCAGAUCUUUGUGAUUGGAGGACUGUUUGUAGACGAAGAGAACACGGAAGACCCUCUGUGCUCCUACUUCCUGCAGUAUGACCCCAUUAGUACCGACUGGCUGGGGAUGCCACCCCUGCCGACUCCCCGCGUCUUGUUCGGGAUGGCCGAAGGCGAGAACUCCAUCUUCGUGCUGGGAGGGAAGGAGCUGAAAGACAAGGAGGGCAUACUGGACACAGUUUUGGUCUAUGACAGACAAUCCUUUAAAUGGGGCGAGUCAGAGUCUAUUCCUUACCCGGUUUACGGACAUUCAACAGUAUCGCACGACGACCUUGUGUAUGUGAUUGGCGGAAAAGGAGACAACAAGAACUGUCUGAAGAAGAUGUGCGCAUACGACGUGAAGAGGUUUGAAUGGAAAGAGCUCGCUCCCAUGAAGACGGCACGCUCCUUAUUUGGAGCCACUCUUCAUCAGGACAAAAUCUACGUAGCAGGAGGAGUGACCGACGACGGCCUGACGGACACAGUGGAGGUGUACGACAUCGCUACCAACAAGUGGUCAGAUUUUGAGCCAUUUCCUCAGGAGCGUAGCUCUCUGAAUCUUGUAUCUUUGGCCGGUUUCCUCUACGCUGUGGGAGGUUUUGCCAUGAUACCUUUGGAAGACAGUGAUGAAAUCCUUCCCAAGGAGAUGAACGACGUUUGGAGGUACAAUGAGACGGAGAGCAAGUGGAUUGGGAUCCUCAGAGAGAUUCAGUAUGCCUCCGGAGCCACAAUACUGGGGGUACGCUUGAAUACCCUGCGUCUCACCAAGAUGUGAAGCUCUCAGAAGUUCCUGUUACUCAACGGAAGUCUACUUGAGAAUAAUUGAACUAUUUUCUACAUUUUUUUUUUGGGGCACAUUCAUAGUCAAACACAUUAGGACUUAAUAGUUUGGUUGAUUUGUACGCAUUAGCAAUUUGGCAAUUAGCACAGGCAUUUUCACGCAUUGUUGUAACUUUUAUAAUUAGUAAUAUGGUGUAAUAAUGACUCUUUCUUUAAUUACAUUUUCAUAUGUGUUUGCAAAAGUAAUUGACUUAGAUUGGGACAUUUAAUCAGCAGAAAUUAGUGUUUCACUGAACUAAAUAAACAAAAAAAUUAAACCAAACUAAAGCUUACUUUAACUCAUUUGAAAACCUGCUCACUGCCCAGCAGAGGGCAGCAAGGUCAAAAUCCCAGUCAAGUCUACUGCUUGUACGUUCAACAAGCAAGAAAAUGCAAUACUCAAAUAAAAUGGUAUGCAUAAAAACAAACACAAGACACGUGUUCAGUAAUAUCUAUAUGGUUUAUUAUUGAAAUGUUUUCAGAAUGUUCUACUGUGUUACAGACAGAUAACACUUGUCAAUAUUACAAUAAAAA